AUGGCGGAUCGCACGGUGCCCCCGCUGCUACAUCGCCUGGUUCUCUCGCUUGUCCUGCUGCUUCUUUUCGUUGCUCCCAGCCAAGCCGAGGGCCGCACCACGCCACGUCGAGGCACUUCACUAGAAACUCAAGCAGGGGCGCUUCUCCGCUGGAGAUCGUCCGUGAGUUACUCCUCCAAACACCAGCUGGGAACCUGGAGAGACGACGGUAUGUACCCAUGCAAUUGGACCGGCAUCACCUGCGGCCACACUCGGUCACGCGGAGGAACCAUGGUGAAGGUCAUCAGAGGAAUUUCCCUUGGUGGCGCCGGUAUUGUAGGGAAACUGGACACUCUGAGAUUCGAGUCACUCCCUUACCUCGUCAACCUUAACCUCAGCGACAACUUUCAUCUCUCGGGCGCCAUUCCUUCUGGCAUAAGCUCUCUUUCCAUGCUUUCAAGGUUCAACUUCUCAGGUGAUCAGAUCAGUGGACAUAUACCUGCAUCAAUCUGCAACCUGGGAAGGCUCACACAGCUGGACCUCUCCAUCAAUAAUCUCACUGGAAAAAUCCCUCCUGCCAUGGGUAAUCUCUCAAGACUUGCUAUUCUUUAUUUGACUGGGAAUAAGCUCUCAGGUAACAUUCCAUGGCACCUCGGACAGCUUCAGAACAUGAGGGAGAUGGAUUUGAGCUUCAAUAUCCUUUCUGGCCAAAUACCUUCCGCCCUUGCAAACUUGACCAGCCUCAGCUAUCUUGACCUUUCUGGUAAUUGGUUGUCAGGACCUAUACCUGAAGAGCUAGGAGACAUCCAUUCCCUGCAAGAAAUAGCCUUGGCAGUAAACAAUCUGACUGGCACAAUUCCUCCCUCUCUUGGAAACCUCACAAUGCUCCUUCUAUUGCAAAUAUCUCUAAACCAGCUCACUGGUCCGAUCCCCGUUGAGCUUGGGAUGCUCUCGAGUUUGAUUGAGUUGGAAUUGCCUUUGAAUCAUUUGACGGGAUCCAUCCCACAUGAGUUCGGAAAUCUUACUUCGCUGAUCGAUAUGUCUCUUCAGAGUAACCGCAUAACGGGAUCCAUCCCACAUGAGUUCGGAAAUCUCGUGAAUCUAGAAGAGCUCGACCUAUCGAACAAUUUCAUAGUUGGAUCAGUGCCGGCAAGUAUAGGGAACAUGUCUUCACUCAGCCUAAUACAUAUUUAUAACAACAAUCUAUCUAGUGAAUUGCCAACUGAGUUUGGAAAUCUGGCAAAUUUGGAAUCACUCCAGCUCAAUGGAAACCAAUUGUCCGGCUCAAUCCCUUGGAGUUUUGGAAGAUUGGUGAGGAUGACAGAUAUGAGACUAUUCACCAAUCAACUCUCCGGCCCUUUUCCUUCGGUACUCUCUAACCUUACCAAUUUGGUCAUGUUUGCACUGAAUGACAACCAGCUGACCGGACACUUGCCAGAUUUGUGCCAAAGUAAAAAGCUACAGAUUUUCGAAAUUUUUGAGAACAAUCUGGAUGGCCCUGUCCCAAAAGGAUUGAGGGAUUGCCAUUCACUAACAUAUCUUGGAAUUUCCAAUAAUCAGAUUGAGGGAGACAUAAAUGAAGCCUUUGGGGUGUAUCCACAUCUCAUUGAUAUCGAUUUAUCUUCAAACCGGUUUGUAGGCCACCUCUCACCAAACUGGGGCUCAUGUCAAAACUUGACAAGUAUUGAUUUUGGACAGAAUAUGAUACAGGGCAGUAUACCUUCUGAGCUCGGGGAGCUAAAAAAUCUUGGAAGGCUCCUACUAAGGUUCAAUAGGUUGAGCGGUGAGAUACCACCGGAAAUUGGCAAGUUAACGAGCAUGUACUGGAUGGAUUUAAGUAACAAUCAAAUAUCUGGUCAGAUCCCUAAGCAAAUCGGUCAACUUAGCAAUCUUGAGAUUCUUUAUUUGUCAAGCAACCUGUUGAGUGGUAAAAUACCAGGAGAUAUUGGAAAUUGUUUGAAACUACAAUUAUUAGAAUUAAAUAGCAACAACCUGAGUGGAAGUCUUCCCGGAAGUUUGGGCAAUAUAGCUUCCCUGCAAAGCAUGCUUGAUCUUAGUAUGAAUAGUCUCAGUGGACCAAUACCACCGGAACUUAGCAAUUUACAAGCGUUGAUCCUUGUAAACUUCUCACACAAUCAAUUCAGUGGUGGCAUCCCUAUUUGGAUUGCAAGCAUGAAAAGCCUAUCAACGUUUGAUGUAUCAUACAAUUUCCUAGAAGGUUCUGUCCCACACGGGAUCCACAAUGCAUCAGCUGAAUGGUUUCUCCACAAUAAAGGUCUUUGCGGAGACAUUGUUGGCAUGUCUCCUUGUCCAUAUGUGCAACAUAGGCGAAAACAUCAGAAGUUGAUACUAUCAGUAGGUGUUCCUAUGUUUGUCACUACUAUUUUAAUAGCAUCCAGUGCAAUUGCCUUUUUUCUUUGCCGAAAGAAAGUAUCUCAAAAAACUAAUGAGGAGAGCAAAAGGGAUGUAUUCUCUAUAUGGAGCUUCGAUGGUAGAAUGGCAUUUGAGGAUAUUAUCAAUGCAACUGAAAAUUUUGAUGAGAAGCAUUGCAUUGGAGAGGGAUCAUGUGGUCGUGUUUAUAAAGCAGAACUUCAAGAUGAACAAGUGGUUGCAGUAAAGAAACUACAUGCAGAAAAUGAAGAUGCGCAUGAUGAAGAAAGGUUCCAGCAUGAGAUUGAAAUGUUAACAAAACUUCGCCAACGCAGCAUCGUCAAGUUGUAUGGAUAUUGUUCUCAUCCACAGUACCGGUUCCUUGUAUGCCAGUUUAUAGAGAGAGGAAAUCUAGCUACGAUCUUAAGCAAUGAAGAACAAGCAAUCCAGUUCCAUUGGCAAAGAAAGACAACUCUGAUAAGAGAUGUGGCUCAAGCCAUCACUUACCUCCAUCAUGAUGUUCACCCACCGAUAAUCCAUCGAGAUAUCACAAGCAAAAACAUCUUACUUGAUGUUGAUUACAAAGCAUUUGUCUCAGAUUUCGGUAUUGCAAAAAUGUUAAAACCAGAUUCGUCGAAUUUGAGUGCACUAGCGGGGACGUAUGGCUACAUAGCACCUGAAUUUCCCUACACAUCUGUAGUUACAGAGAAAUGUGAUGUAUAUAGCUUUGGUGUUGUGGUCUUUGAGGUGUUGAUGGGCAAACACCCGGGAGACAUGCAAAAUUUUCUUUCUUCGCUGGGCGGCCAAUUUUUUCUGGAAGAAAUAUUGGAUAAACAACUUCCACAACCAGAAAAUGAUGAAGCAAAAGACGUGAAACGGUGCAUCUCUGUGGCGUUUGACUGUCUGCAUCCUUCACCUAAAGAAAGGCCAACUAUGAUGAAAGUUUAUCGAGAUAUUAACAUCUAAGUUACAUGUUCUAUUCUUGCAUAUGUAUCGUCUUAGGCUUGUUUAGUUCACAAUAAACUUAGGCUACCUUAGCUGCCCAAGCAUCUGCAAACCAAAUAACUAAUGUCAUUUCUAUUGGGCACCAUAAAUUUGUCGGUCACCAAUUUUACAGUGUACAAUUGUUCUAUGGUGAUCAUACAGA